AUGGCCCCAAAGAAAAAAGCCAAAAAGUCAAAACUGGUUGAAGCUGCGAAACCCAGGCAAGAGCAGCCAACUGAAUCGCCCUAUCUCACGCCACCUGUUACUCUCGUAAUUGGGGAAAGCAGACAGAAGUACACAAUUCAAGAAUACUUUAUUCGAGGCACCACCAUAGGGGGGACAUGGAAUAAUUUUGGAGCUAAAAUAUUGAUCGAUGUCUCUGAUGUGCACGAGGACGUGGGCCAUACUUUGGCCCAUUAUCUAUGCACCGGCGAUUACCAGACGAUUAGAAAUUUGGCUGGCUGGGACGGGGAGCAAGAAUAUAGACGGAGCGUUCUUGCUUACUCUGCUGCGACUACAUACGGUCUCGAAGGUCUAGAGGAACAUGCGAGGAGAAUGAUGCUGAGGCUAGACUACUCGAUACCAAUUCUUACGAUCUUGAACCUCGCGCGGUCUAUCUAUUCGAAACUGCCAGAAAAAAAUACGUGGUUCAAGGAGUAUAUCAAAGAUAAGAUGACGGCUGCGUUCUGUGCCGACGAGGGCGUGUUUCGUGAGGAUGAAUUCCUAGGUAUCGUAGGCACUGAUCCCGGAUUCGAUAAAUUUCUGAUGCGAAGUGUCGGGGAGAUAUACGCUCACAAGAUUAUGACACUUCGCGACGAGAACGAACACCUCGAGAGUCUUCUCACCCCUAUGGAUGUUCCCGUUGAAUAUCCGAGCCAAGAGAACCUGGCGUUGGAAGCCCCUGUGGAGGAAGUCGCUGUCAAACAGAUCGAAGAGCUACCCGCAGAGCCGGAGGAAGAGAUGCUCCAUCUAGAAGCGCCAGAUCAAGUUGUUUUUGAAGAGGGACCGGUGGUUCAAAAAUCUUGCCCGUCUGAGGAACGGCCAGGUUCUGAUCCCGAGGACGCUUGGGCGACACCAUCUACAAAAAAGCGCGGGAAAGCGGCAAAGGCUAUAGUGAUGCAGCAUUAUGAGCCAGAGCCGGAGCCCCCAGGGUCACCUGUCGAGGUAGAUAAUUGGAAUAACUGGGGAUAUGCACGGACGAAGAUUAAGAGUGACGGUAUGCACCAAGCAGACGCCGGGUAUAUUGGCGUCGAGUCUUGA